AUGACGGGCACAGAUGACACCGAAAAGGAGUCUCUUCCUCUCCCGCCCCCACCACCUCCACCCGAACAUCACGACGACGAUGAUAGUGACGAUAACGAUGACGAUGACGAGGGUCAGCGAUACGAUGACGAUGUAGACGAUGAUCCCUUUGGCGGAUUCGGAGGUCCAGGGGGUCCCGGUGGCUUGUCAAGUACCUUGCGGGCCUUGACAGGCAUGAUGACGGGCAUUUCAUCUCGCCUGCGAGACCUUCUGAACAGCCUGCGUCAAAAAGAUGACCCAUCAGUGCAGCUGAUCGCCCUGCAAGAGCUAUCUGAAAUCUUGUUGGUGUCCAACGAGGACAACUUGUCAGGUCACUUUUCACCUGAUGCCUUCGUCAAGGAAUUGGUGACUUUGAUGCAACCAAACGAGAUGACGGGCGAAGAGAACCCUGAAAUCAUGCUGCUCGCCUGCCGUUGCCUGGCAAACUUGAUGGAGGCAUUGCCCGCCAGUGUGGCCAACGUCGUUUACGGAGGCGCUGUCCCCGUGCUCUGCCAAAAGUUGCUCGAGAUCUCCUUUAUCGAUCUUGCCGAGCAAGCCCUGAGCACCCUCGAAAAGAUUUCAGCAGAGUACCCCUCCAGCAUUGUCCGAGAGGGUGGGUUGACCGCCUGCUUGUCUUACCUGGAUUUCUUCGCAACAAGCACACAAAGAACAGCGGUGACUACGGCUGCAAAUUGCUGCCGAAACAUCCCAGAGGAUUCUUUCCCGGUAAUUCGAGAUGUCAUGCCCACGCUUCUCAACGUCUUGGGCAGCAGCGACCAGCGAGUGGUUGAAAAGGCUUCCAUCUGCGUCUCUGGCAUUGUGGAGAGCUUCAAAUACCAGUCUGCAAAGCUGGAGGAGCUCGUCAGUGUCGAUCUGUUGAAGGCUGUCCUGAGACUGCUUGUGCCAGGCACCACCAACCUCAUCGGGGCUGAUAUCCACACGCAAUUCCUGCGGGUGUUGGCCUUUACGGCUCGUGCUAGCCCCCAGCUUUCGGCGGACUUAUUUAAGCUCAACAUCGUAGAGACACUUUACCAAAUCCUCACCGGCGUUUCUCCGCCUAGCGGCACAGAAGACGUUGCCUCCAAAUUGGACAGUGUCGUCAUCAUGCAGGCCUUGAUCCAUCGCCCAAAGGAGCAGAUUAUCGAGACUCUCAACGUCAUUUGCGAGCUGCUCCCUAGCCUGCCUCGUAAUGCCGACCCUUCAUAUGGCGAUUUCGUGGAGAUGAACGCAACAGAACCCAUCACUCCUUCAUCCACAGCAGCUGGAAAGACGCGCAAGUCACCAAACGACAAGAGAAUCGAGCUGCUCGACACCUGCAAAUCCGAAGUUCGCCGCUUUGCCCUCAUUCUUUUUCCGACCUUGACCGACGCUUUUUCGAGCACAGUUAAUCUCAACGUUCGUCAAAAGGUACUAACAGCCCAGCUGAAGAUGCUUUCGAACCUCGACGAGGAAAUUCUUGGCGAAGCCCUAAAGACAGUGUCUUAUGCUUCUUUCCUGGCUUCGAUUUUAUCUCAACAGGACCAUCCCUCACUGGUCAUGCUGGCACUCCAAGCUACAGAACUCCUUCUCAGUCGCUUGGAGGAUGUUUACCGAUAUCAGCUUUACCGUGAAGGUGUCAUCUCGGAAAUUACCAAAUUAGCCAUCGAGGAGCACACUCCACCCCCAGCGCCAGAGCCGGUCGGCUCUCAGGAGUCCAACAAUGCAGAAUUGCAGGCUGCGGCAGAUUCUGGUGAUCAAUCUUCCGACAACGAAGAGUCAGAAGACGAUGAAGAGCACGAAGAGUCGGAUGACGAGGAGAAUGAGGAGGACAAUGAGAAUGAGCCUCACCCAGACGACAUUUCUGGGUCGCCGGUUAGCUCUGGCGGCUCAACCAUGUCGCUUGACGGGCCGCCUCAGCAUUUCCUGUCAGAUGUCCCGUCGAUGCGAAGUAGGAUUCGUGAGGUGGCUAAGAAGUUCUUGGAGAGCCACGAAACCGAGAAGCACGGCAAGGCCAUGAAGAAAAAGGCGACCAAGAUUCUUACUAAUCUAUCAGAUCUUGCCGAAGAGAUUGAAGCUUUUUACCUCAACAGAUCGGCAGGCAACCUUGCACCUGAGAACGGUGUAGAGCUCUUCAAGAAGCUGGCCUCGUCUUUCGACGCGGACGUUCUCGAAAGUGUCACUAGCGCAGAGCUUCUGGCUUCUGGGCUCGUUAGAGUGCUUUUGGAGGUUUUCAGCAAUCCCGACGAGGAUCUAGCCCGCACGGCACAGGCGGACUUCUUGCAGGUCUUCAUGGGCUACAGCGUCAAAUCCAAGCCCAAGACUGCCACUGCAGAUUCACCUGCGACUCCUUUCAGUGUCAUGGUUCACAAACUUCAGGAUUUGCUUAGUAGAUCUGAGCAUUUCGAGGUCAUUACUGUCCACCAAAAUACCUUCGAUGGCAAUCGCAGUAGUGCGGCGUCUAUGCUCGCGAAGCAAAUUCGGCUCAGACUUGUAGCUGACGAUGAGUCUAUACCCAAGUCGUAUCGGAACAUCAUGGUUUCGAUCCACGCCAUUGCUACUUUCAAGUCUCUCGAUGACUACCUGAGGCCCAGAAUCAGUCUUUCGGAACGGCCACGUGGCUCCUCAAGGCGGGCCGACAACCUGUCGAGGGCCCUUGCCUCGUUGGCAGGCUCUGCUGGUUUGCCACUUAGCCAUGCGGCAGCUAGACUUGCCGAGCGCCAUGCGGAGCGCCAUGCAGCAGCGUCUGGGUCAAGUCCGAUCCCGCCACCGCCCAGUGUGCCCACGCCCAGCGGUUCGCGUUCUCUUCGCAAGACGAAGUCGAAGUCAACACCGCAGCCGGAGAGUGCGGCUACUCCUGACACCUCUUCCAGCACCAGGGAUAAGGGUGUUCUGAGGAGAUCUACCCGUCGUAGUGCGGCGUCGGCUGCAGACAGCCCAGUGCCGUCUAGGCCACCUCCGGAAGAUGACGACUUGGAGAAUGCACUUGAGUGCGCAGAUGAAAAGCAUCUGUCUGACGACGAAGAGAUUGGCGGUAGCAGUGCAUUGGAUGCUAUUGUUGGUGACUUGGAUGAGGAUAUGAGCGAGUCUCCCGGUCCCGAGCCUGGUGCUGUCAAUAUGGAAAUCGCAGCUGGUGGCAAGGUCACUGCACGGAAGGAUGAUGGGACCAGAGUGCCCACGCCAUCCCAGAGUUCUCUGCCUACUCGUUCCAGUGCUCUUCCGCCCCCUCCUGUGGCACAAAGCACCCCCACGCCGGCAACUUCAUCGAGGCCGAUGUCAUACGCUGCAGCUAUCCAAGCUGUGCCGCAAGACUGGCAUAUCCAGUUCACUCUCGACAACAAGGUGAUUACGAGCGAGACUACCAUCUACCGUGCCGUCCACACCUCAGCCGCCAACUCUGAUGAGCACUUUAGCCGAAGUGUCUGGUCUGCAGUGCACCCGAUUAAGUUCCGACGGGCCCCCGGUCCGCCACCCGCUGAAACCCUUUCGUUCAGUUCCAAUGCCCAAGCCAAUACGGAGGAGAACGGCGAAGGAAACGUGCCGGCAUCUCUCGCUAAGCAUCCUUCGACAGCCUCUAUUCUUCGCCUUCUCAAUAUUCUUCACGACUUGAAUGCCAACAUUGAAGACGUCAUGGUUGAAAACAGCGAAAAGGAUGCCGUUCGACUGAAUGUUGAGCCCCUAUCACAGUUCGUCAAUACCAAGUUGACUGCGAAGCUCAAUAGGCAGCUCGAAGAGCCUUUGAUCGUCGCGAGCAAUUGCCUGCCAAGUUGGGUAGAAGACCUUGCGCGACUGUACCCUUUCCUCUUCCCCUUCGAGACCAGGCAUUUGUUCUUGCAGUCGACCUCAUUUGGGUAUGCCCGGUCGAUGACUCGCUGGCAGAACGCUCACUCCGCCGACGACUCGCGCCGCGACCGUCGCGACGAUAGACCAUUCCUGGGUCGCUUACAGCGCCAGAAGGUACGCAUUUCAAGAUCCAAAAUCUUGGAGUCGGCCCUGAAAGUCAUGGAGCUAUAUGGCGCGUCUCAGAGCAUUCUAGAGGUUGAAUACUUCGAGGAAGUCGGAACCGGUCUGGGCCCUACACUUGAGUUCUACUCUACGGUAUCGAGAGAGUUCUCCAAGAAAAAGCUUAAGCUAUGGAGAGAGAUGGACUCGAACGACUCGGAAGAGUACAUCUCUGGAGCUAGUGGCCUUUUCCCUAGGCCACUCAGCGACGAUGAAGCUAUUGCACCUAACGGGGAACGUAUCCUGCAACUGUUCAAAACCCUCGGCAAAUUUGUUGCUCGUUCCAUGAUCGAUUCUCGCAUCAUUGAUCUGAACUUCAAUCCCACCUUCUUCCGCAUUGGAGAUGGCUCAUCGGCACCUGGCGUGAAGCCAUCUCUUGGCGCGGUCAAGGUUGUUGAUCCUGGCUUAGCUAGGUCCCUGAAGACCAUCAAGAAGUUCGCUGUGGCCAAGAAGGAAAUCGACGAAGACCCUUCGCGAACGCCGGCUCAAAAGGUUGCCGAUACCGAGGAUAUCGUUAUUGACGGUGUCAAGUUGGACGACCUGUGUCUGGAUUUCACCCUUCCUGGCUUCCCAGAAAUCGAGCUCAUGCCCAAUGGUGGGCAAGUUCGAGUCACGAUUGAUAACGUGGAGUCGUACCUUGAAAGUGUUAUUGACAUGACCCUGGGCACUGGUGUUCGCCGCCAGGUUGAUGCCUUCCGUACCGGCUUCUCUCAAGUCUUCCCCUACUCGGCUCUAAGCGCAUUCACUCCCGAUGAGCUGGUAACUUUGUUUGGCCGGGUUGAUGAGGACUGGUCUCUCGAGACACUCAUGGAUUCAAUCAAGGCAGACCACGGCUACAAUAUGGACAGCAAGACCGUCAAGAACUUGCUACAGACAAUGAGCGAGCUGUCAGCUCCUGAGCGCCGCGAUUUCUUGCAAUUCGCCACAGGCAGCCCCAAGCUCCCCAUUGGAGGUUUCAAGAGCUUGACACCCAUGUUCACGGUCGUCUGCAAGCCAAGUGAACACCCCUACACGUCUGACGACUAUCUCCCCAGCGUCAUGACGUGUGUCAACUACCUCAAACUACCCGACUACACCAAUAUCGAAGCCAUGCGCAAACAGCUCUCUACUGCCAUCAAGGAAGGCCAGGGAGCUUUCCACCUAUCAUAG